AUGGCCAUGUCUCGUCCACAAGGACAAUGUCCUAUACAAUGUCAGUUAUGUGAAGGAGACCCUAAAGUAAAAUGGAAGUGUCUGGACUGUGACUUAUUGAUGUGUAGUAAAUGUAAGGAUAAAAUACAUUCUAAAUUCAAGUCAGAAAAAGUCCAUAGAAUCAUUGACAUUAAGGAAGUAGGCCAACUAGGCAAGGAAAUGGUAUCCACAUCUGGUCAGCCAAAAGCAAGAGUAAGCAGUUCUCCAACUAAUGUUAAACUAAUUAACAUUAAAGAAUACAAGACCAAAAUUGAGAACAUAAAUUUGUUGGCAGUAUCCCUGGAUGGUUCAUUAUGGAUUGGUGAUGGAAAUGAGAAGAAAGGUUUCCACCUCUUUACAUCAUAUACAGCGCUACAGAAUGUUAAACUAGUAGGAGAUAAAGUAAAAGUCAUAUCCAGUUUUAAUCUGUUGGUAUGGGAUGUAGCUGUUACUCCUAACAAUGAUAUUCUACUGGCUACAGGUAUAACAGUGGAAUCAAGACUGAAGCAGAUCAAGGCGGGAUCUAAUAAAGUGACAGAUUCUAUAUACUUUGUAGAACUGUCUUAUAUCAAAAGUGUUCAUGUGACAAAAGAUGGCAGAGUGAUAGUAGGUGGAGAUAAUGUGGUUGUUGUUAUGGAUACAGAUGGUAAACAUCUGACAAGGUAUGAAAAGGAUGAAUACAAGAAACUUAUAUUUGAUGGAAAUAUUCUGUCUAUAACCAGUACCCUGAACGGUAAUAUGUUUGUGGCCCAGCCAUAUUCUAAUCCAAGAGUAUUUGUGUUAGGUAAAGGAGCUGUCAUCAAUAAUUAUACAGGACCUCCUUCUAUAAACAGGCAUAGUUCAUUCAAUCCUCUGUCUGUUAUAACCACACCAAUGGACAAUGUUAUUGUAACUGAUUAUAGCAGUCAUACACUACAUAUACUGGACAACACUGGUCAACUACUGACCACCUAUAAUACCAAAGACAUAGGUAUAGAAUAUCCAAAAUCCCUGGCCAUAACAAUGGAAGGACCCUUUGCAGUGUUGUAUAUAGGAUGUUAUACAUGGUCAUAUGAAGACAGUUCUGACAUUGGAAGGCUGUACAAAAUGAACAUUAUUGGAUGUUAA